GUGAUUGCCAUCGUUGGCUCAACAGGAACGGGCAAAUCUCAACUCGGAGUCGAGAUAGCACAGCAUCUUGCCUCCCUUCCCGGCCCCUCUUCCUAUCAAGGUGCCGCAAUCCUCUCCUCCGAUUCGAUGCAAAUAUACCACAACCUCGAUGUCAUAACGAAUAAAGCCACACUUGCCGAGCAAGGCGAGGUGCCGCACCACCUCAUGUCUUUUCUCGAUCCUGCAAAGGGGGAAAGGUAUGAUCUGCAGCGCUUUGUGCGUGAGGCGAAGAGGGUUGCAGAGCAGGAAUGCUUGGACAAGGGGAAGGUGCCCAUCGUCGUGGGUGGGACCAUUUAUUGGACUCAGCAUUUGUUGUGUCCGGGGAAUGUGGUGGAGAGGAGAGGGGAGGGCGAGGAUGACAAUGAAGGUGCUGGGGGGUGGAGGGAGCCAAAGGAUGGGGCGUUGCGCCUUGCAUUUGAGAGAAUGGACGAAGAGCAGAGAAAGACAUGGCAGAACGUGGUAGCAGGGCCGCUCAACAGCAGUAGUGCCGAGACUCCAGCGACGCCAAGUCCACGAGAGAUGCAUCAGCUCCUCACAACUCUCGAUCCUCUCAUGGCCUCACGCUGGCAUCCUCUCGAUGGGCGCAAGAUCGCAAACUCGCUACACGUCAUCGCUCGGACAGGUCGUCGUCACUCCGAUUGGGUGAAAGAGCAAGAGCAAGAACAAGAUGACAACGCAGAAGCGUCCAGCUCAGCCUCUAUCCCACACUGGUCAGGCAAUCCGCUCCGCACCCUCCUCUUCUGGAUCUACGCCUCUCGCCCAGAGCUCAACGCUAGGCUAGACGCAAGAGUGGACAAGAUGAUUCCGCGUGGCCUUCUAGAUGAAAUUCGAACACUGCGUCGCAUUGCUGCGGAAGCUCGGGGUUCGAUCGAUACGAGCCAAGGUAUCUUCCAGGCUAUUGGAUACAAGGAGUUCAAGCCCUUCCUCGACGCUUUGGACGAUUUGGAGCGAUCAGGCGACGGGCAAGCCGUCUCGGUCCUACCAGCGGCAGGCGACAUGAAAUCAGCCACCCGCCAGUACGCAAAGAAGCAGGUCGGGUGGAUGCGCAACAAGCUUUUGCCCGAGAUUGCUCGCACGAGACGAUUGCGCGGCGAGGGUGUCAUGGAAGUUGUGUUGCUUGACGCGACGAGGCCGGAGGAGUGGGAGGAGAAGGUGAGGAAGCCAGCCUUGAAGGCUGUCGAGGCCUUCAUGAAGGGUGAGGCAAUCCCG